AGGACCUUUAGCCAGAUCCACAGAAAAUUCCGAAAGGAGGCAGGCCAACCCCUCCGUCCAGAGAAAGUUGCAAACUACGGGAUUUGACCCGCGGACCUUCGGGCCAACCACAAGUGGAAGGCACGUGGCAGUUGUAUCGAACUGCACUCUGGCCAGCUGAGCUAGCCGAGCGCAGAAAGAUAGGUCAGCAGACUCGCAUCUCAAUUCUCAUUCUUCUGUUUCUUUUGCAAGGGGAUUGUUUCAAUUGCUCGUUCAUUCACCACAUUUGAGCCUCCUAAGUUGGCGCAUCGCUCUUGGAACACGAGGAGUGCUGCAGAAGCUGCGUGCAGAGCGCUUUUGAGCUAGCACAAAUUGCUGAAGGGCGCAGCGUCCGUGACAUAGUGCAAAGCGUCAGCAAGCGGGCAGAAAGGGGCGCUCCUCAAAAGCGCAUCCCUCGGCUUUUUAGUCAUUCCCAGGCAGUCACCGUAGCCCUCUCUGCGUUCUGUACACCCCUCCAGCCAAAACCCCCUCCCAACAGAGAGCAAGGAUGUUCAGGGCCGCAGGGGUGGCUCUCCUGCGGGGGGGGGGCGCUGCCGUUCGCACUGCAACAGGGGCGGCCAAAAAGGCACCAGCGGAAAAAGCCGCGCGGGCGCCUACAAAUGAUGCUCUGAUGCGGAAGUAUGAGGUGUCUCCGGCGCUGAGCGAGUUCAUGGGGGCGGAGGAGGUCACACGGCAGGAGGUGACAGCCAAGAUCUGGCAGCACAUCCGAACGCAUAAAUUGCAGAACCCCGAGAAGAAGACCGAGGUUUUGCCGGACGCAGCGCUGAGAAAGAUCCUGGAUGCGGAGGUCCUCACGUUCGGCACCAUCUCCAAGCUGCUAGCCGAGCACUUCCCGAAGGCCACGAAACCGAAGCGGCUGAUCAGAGGAGCUGAGGUGCUGAUGACGACGCAAGAGUCGAAGUUUCUGGUCUGGUACCGGAUGACUGGGCGCUAG